GCUUCAUGUGUCUGAUUCAGAAGAAACCUGGAUCCGAACUGAGUGUGACACUUCAUUCAUACACUCAGUUAACACGUAAUUACAAGCCUGCUCUGGAUUCUGGACUCUGGACUCUGGACCUGUUCUGCUGUUUUUGUGUGUGAUUUAUCAAAGACGAGUUUAACACUGCUCCACAAACCCCGGAGCAGACUGCUGAAACCACUUCUGGAGGUAUAAGAAGGUGUAGCUUCACACAGCAGGAGGAGGACGAGGUCAGACAUGUCAGACAUCGCCGGUUGCGAGUUUGAAAUCGACGUGGAGAGUCUGGAGACCGAGAGCGAUGAUCCGGCAGAGUCCUCCAGCCGGCCCGGGUCUGUGCCGCUCGGCACUGCCGCCUCAGAGGACGAUGGCGACGGGGGGAAGAGCGACGACAAGCCGGCACCCAGCGGCCUGUGUACGGGGGACCAGAGGAAGCUGAGUCGGACACCGAAGUGCGCCCGCUGCAGAAACCACGGCGUGGUGUCCUGCCUGAAGGGACACAAGCGCUUCUGCCGCUGGAGGGACUGCCAGUGCGCAAACUGUCUGCUGGUGGUGGAGCGGCAGCGCGUCAUGGCAGCGCAGGUGGCCCUGAGGAGGCAGCAAGCCACGGAGGAUAAGAAAGGAAUAUCUGGGAAACACAUUCCAGCAGAGAGGAGGGCGCUAUAUCAGCGACACAUUCGACCAUCUACCAUGCUCGCGAAAAGCAUCCUCGAAGGAUACCGUCCGGUGCAGUCUGAUCCGUUCCUGGCGGCCAACUCAUCCCUUCCCCCUCCGCUGAGCGACCGCAUGAGGAAGAGGAGGGCCUUCGCCGACAAAGAGCUGGAAACCAUCAUGCUGGAGCGCGAGUACAAAGAACGCGAGCUGCUUGAGAACAGCCAGGCAGCCACAGCUUCCCUACUCUUUCCCAACAACAUGGUCCACCACGCCGCCGAGUACAACUCCUAUAAAACAGCUUACUCACCUGCAGCUCAGGCCGAGCCACAGCCUAAAGAGCUGUGCAACUUCCUGGGCCCAAACUGCCUGGAUCUGUCCAUGCAGUACCCGGCUGGGUCCGCCAACGUGGAGCUCAUUGCCUCCAAUGUCAGCGUAGCCACCACCUACCGCCACUACCCGCUGCAGCCAUCACGAGGCAGCUUCAUGAUGUGGCCCCGCGGUGCAGCGAACCUGGGGGAUGCCCUGCUCUACCAGCAGUGUCUGUUUAACGCCACAGCGGUGCAGAACAGGAAGCCAGCGGCCGUGUGGGAGCCCAAAGCAAUGCCAGCAGAGAGCCAGCCGCCAGAGCAGGAGCCUGCAGCUGCUCUCACUGCGAGACUGGAGGGAUCCCGAGUUGCAGCACAGCAGGACUCCUCAGACCCUCAACGGGCUGAUCCCAAACCUCCUGUUGUCUCUCAAGGGGGGCAGAGAGAGUGCUCGGCCUUUUCUCCACCUAAGAGGAGCUUUGGACAAUCCUUCCCCAACAACGCUCAUUCCCACAACUCCAGCCAAGUCCUGAACAAGCUGAGCAAGGACAGCGCUAAGCUCUCCAUGAAACUCAACUCCUUUCACUCCCUCAUCCAGCACUCGCUGAGUGAAAAAACAAGCAGCGGGGCCGGGCCAGAGCUCAGGGCGCCGUAUUGCAAAGAGCUCUUAGAGGAGGCCGCACGAAAGUUCAGGGAGGGCUCCAGUAAGGACAUUCAGGCUGUGAAAAUGAGCGACAGGUACGCUAAAGACUUUCUGUCCAAACCUGUGGGGACCAAGAUGGCAUCCACCGAGUCUUUGUCUUUCUCUGUGGAGGCCAUACUGAAGAGACCGGCACCUGCCAUGAGUCGAGCAUUCCAUUAACUUCCACUUAGACCUUGCACUAAAAACAUUGUAGUUUGACGGCAUCUCAUUUUGUGGUUUCGGGGUCAAUCAGAAUCUUAAAGACACAGGCACUGCAUCAGAACGUAGACCAGCUAGAAACCUGUUUGUAAUAUUUAUGUACAGUAUAUUGUAUUUCACAUGUGCAUGUUUGAUAACUUUAUUAUGUAGAGUAUUUAAACAUUAUCCCAAUGA